AUGCAUCUAGCCAUUUGCCUGGAUGACAUCAACGUUGUGAAAAGGAAGAUCAACCAAGGCUUCAACAUCAACCAACAAGACACUCAAGGAAGUCCUCUUUGUAUUGCUGCGCAGCGUGAAAACGUGGAAAUGUUGAAAACUUUGUUGGAUCUAGGCGCCGAGGUAAAUCUUCCGGUGACAAGCGGAGAGCACGGAAGCGCCCUCGUCGCUGCUUGUCGAGGGAGCAAAGUUUCCAGCUUGAAGGCACUUCUCCUACAUGGAGCUGAUGUUGACAUGCAACUGGCCCAUGGAGAAUACGGCAGCGCACUUACAGCAGCCUCCGGGGAAGGGACCGUUGCAACAUCUUCCAGUCUACUUGAUGCCGGAGCUUCGAUCAAUAUGGUAGUCACUUCAGGUCACUACGGCAGUGCUCUAGCUGCAGCUUCCUAUAUGAAUGAGCCUGAUGUGGUCAAACUACUCAUUCAACGUGGGGCAGAGGUUGGCCUGGAGUUGGAAAAUGGGAAGUUUCCUUAUGCCCUUGCCGCUGCUAUUUCUUCCAAAAAGUUGGAGAGUGUCGCAGCAUUACUAGAGGCUGGUGUUGAUCCCAAUACGCCAUUUUCAAGAGGUGACUAUGGGGAUGCCAUCUCCAUGGCCAUACAGCUCAAGAAUCGGCCUUUAACUCGGUUAUUGAUCAAGCACGGCGCUGCUUUACAUCCUCUAGCAGCCGACUAG